AUGGAGAGGGAAAGCAGACAUGUGACUGUAUCUAUCGACCAUGCACAUGACACUGGAGAUGGAGAGCAGUGUUCCUUGUCUCCGGUGGUCUAUGAAUUUUCGUACUCCCCAAGCGAAAACAGAGUUAUCGAGUACUUGGAUAACAUGUCUGACAGCGGAGCAGAGGAACUAAACAUUGUAGCGGAUGAUGGACAUGCUCUGGAGGAAAGGAUUGCCAGUGUCCUCGAGCCAUAUCCUGUUGGUAGAACAUCUAGGGGAAGAGUGGAUGUCUGCCAUGGGUUUUUCAAUGAAUAUCUCUAUGAAAGCCACGAGUAUGGGCCUAACAAGCUAUUUAAGGCCUAUAGAGUCAUGUGUGGAUUUGAGAUAUACCUUCUCGGCCUGGGGAAUGAAGAGAAGGUGGGAUACUUGAGGUCUAACCUGUUUGGAACAAAGUAUAUUCUCCACCAAGGAGAGAAAGCGGUCCUGGAGAUCAAAUAUGCAACAUCUAUAUUCAAAAGACGGGGCCCGAGAUCAUUUUCUGUAAUGUUUAUGGGGGUGUCGGGAUCGUCCCUAGAGGAGCCUGUUGUGAUGAAGAACAAGGAACCCUACUACAAUGCAGAAACCAACAGCUACUCUCUAAACUUCAAUGGACGGGUCACCACACCCUCUGUGAAGAAUUUCCAGCUUAUACAUCCUCUCGAGCCCACAUAUGUAACCCUGACAUUUGGAAAAAUCUCACGAUUCAAGUACAUACUUGACUACACAUAUCCCUGGUCUGGACUGCAGGCGUUUGCAAUAGCACUUGCAGCCCUGGACUACAAGGUUGGGUGUGACUAG